AUGAACACCGGUUUGUUUGAGCUGUGUUUGUUGUACAAGAAUCAGUCGACACAAGUGAGCUAUGAGCUUCAAGAUCAAGCCUGGAUUCAUUUUUCAGUGAUGAGAAGGUCCAUAGCUCUUGAGACGCUCCUCAUGGGGGAAGUGCGCCGACAAUCAAGGCCUACGGAUGGCUUGCCAUCAACACCACCGAGUUUCACGCCCGAUUGCGAGUUUUGGGUAAGGUCGAGGAUCAUAACAGGUCUGGCUACUAAGUUUAUCCGAUCUGGCGUGCAAUCAGCUGUAUUAAAAAGUGGAGUGUAUGGUGUUGAAGAGGAUGCCGGAUUCCCCCUGAUGCCGAUGGGUAACUGA